AUGCAGAGCAAUCUGACAGCGGCAGUCUUUCUGCUUCAGCAUCAGCAGCAACAGCAACAGCAGCAGCAGCAGCAGCAGCAGGAACAGAAGCAGCAGCAGCAGGAGGAACAGAAGCAGCAGCAGCAGCAGGAACAGAAGCAGCAGCAGCAGGAGCAGCAGGAGCAGCAGCAGCAGCAGCAGCAGAAGAGGAGUUUGAGAUCCCGGUGA